UGAGCGUAUGCUUCUCCUUACCUUGCUUGAUAAAAAAAUGAAGGAGGGAGUUGAGGCUGAGGAUGAGAAGCCUCCUCUGAUCAUAUCCCUGCCUGCAAUGGAAAAGGUGGAUAUUGGCGUACAGGCCAUAGAUGACGACAUGGAGAGUGCCCAUUUGAGGUGCCUUGAGGACCUGAAGGCGAAGGAGGUUGAGCUGCGCGGGCUGCAGGCGUUCACACAGCAGCUGCAGCAGGAGCUCGGCCAGCUCCAGUGCCAGAGAGACGAGGCACAGCAGCUUCUGGGAGAGCAGGAGCAAAUCCACAGGAGCACCGUGGAGGACCUCAAGAAGGAGUUGGAGUUUCUGGAGUCAUGUGUGAAACUUGCACAGGGUGAAAAAUUGAACCCACUCAUCGACGACUACAAGGUCUUAAUCCAGGCACAGGAGAGUGCUCUCCUUGAGAAAGAUGAGGACUUUGCCAAGUUGAGGGAGAUCCUCCAGAACACCAUGGCCCUGUUGAACGCUGCGGAGGCAGACGUGCUCUCUGGGAAAGAGAGGAUCGCCGAGCUGGACCACAAGAACCAGCAGUUGCUGGCAGAGCAGCAGGAGGCCUUGGCCAGAGUGUCCGAGCUGGAGGGGAACUGCGAGUCUAAGUCUGCCGAGCUUCAGAGGCUUCUGGAGAAGAGCAGCGAGCUUCAGCUCCACCUGGAUUCAGAGCAGAGCAUGCACCACCACAAUCACCAGGAGAGUCUGCUCAAGCAGAAAGUUGAGGAGUGUGCUGAAACCAGAGAGGCUUUGGGGAACAUCAGUGGCCUAUGGUGUACUGCAGAGGCACAAGUGCUCUCAGGGAGAGAGAAGAUGACUGAGCUGGAGAAGGUCAAUGCUGAGCUGGACCGUAAGAACCAGCAGGUGCUUGCUGAACUGCAGGAGGCCUUGGCCAGAGUGUCCAAGCUGGAGAUGAGCUACGAGUCUCAGUCUGCUGAGUUUCAGAAGAUUCAGGAGAAGAGCAGCGAGCUUCAGCGCCACCUGGAUAUGCAGAACAUGCACCACCAGGAUCACCAGGAGAGUCUGCUCAAGCAGAAAGUUGAGGAGUGUGCAGAAACGAGAGAGGCUCUGGAGAACAUCAGUGGCCUAUGGCGUACUGCAGAGGCACAAGUGCUCUCAGCAAGAGAGAAGAUGACUGAGCUGGAGAAGGUCAAUGCUGAGCUGGACCGCAAGAACCAGCAGGUGCUUGCUGAACUGCAGGAGGCCUUGGCCAGAGUGUCCAAGCUGGAGAUGAGCUACGAGUCUCAGUCUGCUGAGCUUCAGAAGAUUCAGGAGAAGAGCAGCGAGCUUCAGCGCCACCUGGAUACCAAGCAGAACAUGCACCACCAGAGCCAGCAGGAGCUUGACGAGCUGCACACGGAGUUGAAGUUGGAGAAGGAUCGGGUCUGUGCCAAGGAGACAGAGCUGCAGAGCUACCUUGUGGUCAAUGACCAGUUGCUCGCUAGCCAACGCGAGGUGUCGGUCCUGAAAGAGGAACUUCAGAAACUCCUGGACGAGAAGUCCAAACUACUGAACAAGUACAAUGACAAAAAAGAAAGCUUCAUGGACAAGCUUUGCACCGCCAAAUUAGCUCACUCAAAAGUGAUGCGUUUCCGUGAUGAGAAGAUCAAAGAGCUUCAGAGGAAUUGUGAUUUCCUUACGAAACAAGUGGGCAAGGUGAAAGAGACAACAGUGAAAAUGGAAGAGGUGAACAGCCAGCUGUGGAAAGAGAACCAUGAGUUUCAGUGUGAGCUUCUCACGGAGAGGGAAGGCCAUGAGACAUGCAGACUCAGGAUUCAGUAUCUGGAGAAAAUGACUGAGAAGAUGAACAAUCUUGUGCUUGAGCAGAGAACCAGAUGUCCUUCUCCACACGUUGCUCAGGGGAAGUUCCCAUCUGCUACCAACCAAAGUGCUUUGCCCUGGGGCGACAUGGUCCAGAACACACACACAGCCGUGAAGUUGGAGGGCCGGUACCUGAGUCCAGCGCAGUCCCUGACGCGCACACACUCCUCGGAGAUGGGGUACUUGAACCUCACUCCUCCCCUCAGUCCGCCCCUCAGGCAGAUGCUGGCUGAGUCGAGCGGCGCGGGCAGCGAGGAGGUCCUGCAGGCAGACAACAGACGGUCGUGCUUCACUGAGCGCUUCCUGUAACUGCUAUCCAUCCACUAUGGGGAAGUAUUAUCAUUCAUACUGUACUCUUGGUAUCAUCGGGACUAAAGACUGCUACAUUUUUAUUUUUAUUUUUAUUUUUUUAAAGCACAUUCUAUUGUCAAUAAAGUGUUUCAUUGCAUUCAG